UUAAUUAGUCUAACACUUGGAUCAGUUAAGUGUGCACUCGACACAUAAUUUUCAAAAUGUCUAAUGAUUUUUUAAAAAUCAACUAUGAUCUACAGAAAAAAAUAUGGAAAUCUGAAAAUUAUCCUUACAAAAAUCUAACAAAUCGUACGGUGGGUGAAGCCUUUCUGCAGUCAAUGAGAUCUUUGGAACGCAACAAAGUUCUGGAAUAUCAUUAUGAUGAGCAGAAAGAAAAACUGGUAAAAGAUCUUUAUCAGGAAGCCAUUAUAGUGGCUGGAAAUUUACAACGUUUGGGUUUGAGUAGAGGAGAUGUAGUGAUUUUAUUUUCUGGUUACAAUUAUAUGACUUCGUCCUUGACAUUUGGCACCCUGCUAAUGGGAGGUGUGGUAAAUUUUUUUGAAGUUAAGUUAGAAAAUGAAAAUAUCGAUGAAAUGUUUGAUAUUAUACAGCCUUCCAUGAUUCUUUAUGAAGCUGUGUUUCUUGAAAAGAUUUUGAAAUCAUUGAAACGUCACAAGCCCAAAUCUUUGAAAUAUUUAUUUGCUAUUGAUAGACUUAAUACACCCAAUAUUGCAAAUGAACUUUUAAAAUCUUGUGAGUCUAUAGAUUUUGAUCAAUUUCAAUCCAUUGAAAUAGAAAACCCACAAUUGGAAGUGGCAUUUUUAGUUUUGACUUCUGGUACAACGGGUUUGCCUAAAGUAACACAACUUACUCACUGUUUACUGCUAAAUGGGGUCUAUGUAUGGUGGGCUAAUGCCUUUAAUUAUGAACCUCUUGAUAGCAACUCCUUGUUAUUUUCCUUGAGUCCUUUGCGCUGGAUAAGCCAAGUGGUUUUACUGUUACAAUCAGCCCUUUUGGGCAUUAAACGCAUUUGUGCCAAUAGAGCCGCCACUGGAGCCUAUGGUUUAAAGAUUUUACGUGAAACAAAACCAACACAUAUAUUUUCAGUUCCUUCAUUCUUCUAUGAAGUAUUACUAGAACUGAAAAGUAACGAUAAAGAAAGUUUGAAAUCCCUGAAAUACAUACAACUAGGAGGAGAGCCUCCCUCAAGUGUUAUAAUAAAUUUAACAAAGAAAUCUGCUGUAUAUUGUAAAUUAUUUUAUAGUUAUGGCAUGUCCGAAGUAUCCUGUUCCAUAACUAAUGAUGAGCAUAUCAGUGGUGGCAAAUUACAGCCUGGUUUCGAAAUGCAAGUUCUAGAUGAUCAUCUUCAGCCAUUGGGCCCUAAUCAAUAUGGUAGAUUGGCCAUAAAAACACCUUAUCCUUUUGUGGGCUACAAGGGACAAGAUAAUAGUAAAUAUUUUCUUGAAAAUGGUUUCUUUUUAAAUGGCGAUUAUGGUUAUUUUGAUGAAAGCAAUACCCUGCAUUUUUUGGCCCGUUUGAAGGACUUAAUAAAGUAUCAAGAUGUAUUAUUAAUACCCAAUUUAAUUGAACAGAUGGUUUUAAGUCUAGCUGAAAUUUCCAGUGUUUGUUUGGUGGGUUAUCGCCCUUCAGAAGAAGAUCCUAACGAAGUUGCAGCUUUGUUUGUUAUUUUAAAGGAGGGAGUAACUACUAGCCAUCAGGAUCUGUCUUUAAAAAUACGUGAUAUUUGGUCUCAAAAUUUAUCUGAAGAUCAGAUAUUGUUGAUACAUGAUAUUUAUUAUAAAAAAAAAUUUCCUUUGACCACGUGUGGCAAAAUUGAUCGCAUUGCUUUGAGAGAAUUGGCUUUGGAAAUGGCAGAGUUAAACUAAGCUCUACCGGAUUUAAACUAUCCUAUACAUUAUAAGUGACUUAAGCUUAACAUACACUAUUUAAUAAACCUAGACUCUAUUAAAUAUUUUCAAAUAAGAGAGCUAUAUUUCACCAAGUAACAAAAUUUUUGUUGAAAAAAAAUUUAGGUAAAAAAAUCGUUGUAGUCGAUGUCAAAUGAAUCCAACUUUUGAACAAUAGGUAAUAAAUUACAUGGAUGAGAAAAAAACACCUGCUUGGCCAAAAUAUAAAAUUUUGACCCCCUCUACCUUAGAGAGUUUUCGACCUAUCCACAGUGGGGCAGAAAAUAGAAAGUUUUUCUUUAAUGGGCCAGACCCACGAUGUCGAAAGAAAAAUGUGCCGAAAAAAAUACUCAGUUUUUAAAAUUAUUUCCAAUUGUUUUCAUAAAAAUUUGUUUGAAUAAUUUUUCUUUCGACAUCGUGGGCCGUUGCUCUGAAAUCUUUUGUAUAUUAUUGGU